AUGGAUAGCAAGUCUUUAGAGAUAAUAUCACAAUUCAAAGACGCUCUUGCCUCCGAGAGCAAACUUGAUUCAAACGUGGCUAGUAGUUCAUCGACGAAAACUACAACUUCUGAAGCCAACGAUACUCUUCCCACGUACAAUCGUGGUCUCAAGUUACAUUUCCAACAUCCGUCACUAGACAGCCUCAAUACAAAAUCAGUAGAAUAUAAUGGCGACCAAUAUACCGUAUUGACUAAUCAUUCUAUUGAACGUGGUAAUGUGAGAAAUAAAAGGAAAUGGAGUCAGUUUUAUAAUGACCAUAAUGGCAACGGAGGAGAUGAAGAUGAUGCCGAGUGGUCAGAUGAGGACGAAGAUGAAGUUCACCCAUUGAAACAAUCGCGUAUUAUUGAAUUAUUGUCACCAAUUAAUCAUCCACUGGAACUUGUUACACAUCCAGCUAUUUCAAAAACAUAUCAACUGCAAACAUUGAAUAAAUUAGCAAUGGAAUUGAUUGAAUUGAUUGAAUUUGAGCAAAAUAAUCUCAACUGGUUGAACAAGUUACUUCAAGUGUUGAAUGGUGAAGAUUGGUUUUAUUUGUUGGAAGAAAAUAUUGGAUUAAGAGAUUAUGACCACGGAUUAGAUGAAGACAAAAAGAAGUCGAUUGCAAAGAAGAAGGAGCAACUAGUCACUACAGAUAAUGUACUAGAUACAUCAGACAGGUUCAAGAGCGAGGAAGAAGAACAAGCUGAUCCAUUUUUUGCGUUACCAACAGCAGUAAAGAGAUUUGAGGCAUUUCAAGAACAAUUGGACGCUAAAGAUGAAACAGGUGUGAAAGAAGAGCUUAUCAAUUAUUUGCAAGUGAGUAUACAGAGACAACAUGAGUAUAUUGAAAACCUAACACAAUUAAGAAAUGGGUUGGUUCGAGCAGACAGGUUGAAGAAUGAUCUCUAUAAAUGGGGGCAGGAGAUGCACGAUAAGAAAAGCUCGUGA